GCCCACCUGGACGUCAAGCCCGACAACAUCCUCGUCAAGAACGGCGUGUACAAGCUCGGCGACUGGGGCCGCGCGGCGCCCGUGGACGGCGUCGGUUACCAGAGUUUCGGGUCAAACGGAGAGUCUCGCGGUCGAUCGGCGUCGGUCCUCCCCGGCGACUUCGUCGGGCUGGACCGCGCCGAUAUCUUCUCGCUGGGGGCGACCGCGUUCGAGCUGGCGCGCGGCGCGCCGCUGCCCUCGCACGGGGACGAGUACCAGGCGCUGAGGCAGGGUAAGGUGCCCGCGUUGAACGGUUUUUCCGUGUCGUUCCAGCAGAUGAUCGCGGGGAUGAUGA